UUUAUGACACCAAUGGUAAUACGAGGGUCAUGCUAUUUGUUAAUUGUACAUCGUGAUUGACCACUAAUUAAGAUCUCUGACAACGAUCAUGACUUAAGGUCACCAGUUGACACAAAUAGACUACAAGUAUAUAUGUAGUAGCGUACUAGCUAGCUGUCUCCUCACAGCACAUUGUAUGGUGACCACUGAUGACUGAUGACUGACUAACAGAACAUUAAUUUGUUAUGAAAAGCCUGAACAUUACCACACCACUAAUUAUACAGUAGACUCUCGCUAUUCUGGUUCUCUGAAUACGGUCACCUCGAUAUCCGGUCAUUUCGUUCGGUACAGAUUGCUAGCUUGCACAAAACUCGCCCUGAAGUGCGGCCACUCGCUAUUCCGUAUCUGGUCAGUUCUGGCUGCCCAAAACUAUAGGUUUUAUACAUGUAUAACGGCCGUUUUGGGUAUAUAGUUUGGCAAAAUUGAUUGCACUUAAAUAGAGACCAUAAUGAUUCAUUAUCCUCGAGACAGAACUGUAAAAUUAGUCAUUAGGGUCGCUUUUUAGCUGCAGCUAUUUUCUAAAAUGCAGUCACCUCGCUAUUCCAGCCAAUUAAUUAAGCUGCACUGUUCCAAGGGUGACCAGAUUAACGAGAGUCUACUGUAUACCACCAUGACCGUAUUGAAGUGUCUGAAGAUUUAGCACUCCAAUUUAGCAUUUAGCUUCUCAUGUAUAUACGUAUGACACCAGUUUUGUAAUUAAACUUAUUGUUAGCCUCGAUUCCAGGCCGUUCUCAAUUGAGAGGGGCUGGGAUCGAGGCUAACUUACUGUGUACAUUGAUGAUCACUGAUUGCUUUCUACUCACAGCCGAGAAGCUGCAUUGAUAGCUCUGACGAUAUCGAGAUCCAUAGUGCAUUAAAAUGACAAAGAGGUAAUCUUGAUGUAUGACAUCAGUGGUUGUACCUAUGUCAGAUCGAUAGGGCAGAUAGGGUGGUAAACCCACUGUGUUACCAGUACUCAGUUAAACAUUAACAUUGACUGGCUGCUAUAUUAUAUACAUUCUUUACCCACAGACCAGCCCUGAUUGCAGUUUCUCACCAAAUAAUAGUUAAACUGUAAGAGUCAGUCUAAAACGUUAAUUGUGGCCGGUUGUGUGUGUGUGUGUGUGUGUCUUCUUGAUACAUGUAGGUAUAGUGUAACUUAAACAUUUCGUGUCUUUUUGAAUGUUUAUUUUUCUAUUGAUAUACAUGUCAGUAGCCCUUCAGCAUCACAUCUUGUAAAUCAAACCUAACGCAUUUUUAUCUAGAAAGCCCAUAAUGUACAUUUGUAGCUACAUGUAAUGUCUGUAUUGAUGAUUUUAUCAACUGAAAGGGUUGUACAGAACUGUUUAUGAGGGUACUCCCCCUGUAAAACAAACAAAAGUGUAUUGGGUAAAGAUCGAAUCAGCCUCAGCACGUACAUGCACAUGGAAUAGAAACUGUACAGUACAGAGUGUCUAGUAUAGUAGCUAGCCAUGUCUACUACUCUGAUCCAAGUGACCAAUGUGUCGCCCUCUGCUGGCCUCCAACAAAUGAGGGAGCUGUUCAGUUACUUUGGAGAUAUUGAGGAACUGAGGCUCUUCCCUGAGGAGGAGUUUGCUGCUCUGAGUGUCCCCUCCAAGGUAUGCUUCAUCAACUUCAUGGAGGAAGACAGUGCAGCUGCUUGUCUCCACCUUAGCAACACUGUGCUCAUAGACAGAGCUCUCAUCAUAGCACGAUCAAGACAUGCUGAGAUUCCUGAUGGUUCUGCUGCGAUGUUCCUGGCAGCCCCGGCCAUUGCCCUGGCCAACAGCGCUAGCAAACCAAUGGGUCACACUGCACCUCUCCUCCCGACACCUCCCUCUAUGGGGGCACCAGCACCCACUGGACCAGCCUCCAUGGCUAUGGGAGCUGCUAUGAACCCUGCAGCUGUUUGCGUUUGUUGAGUUUGCGAUACCUGAGUCUGUGCCCAUAGCCCUUCAAUACAACGGAGCCAUGUUUGGAGAGCGUCCAAUCAAUACAUCUGACCUGGAGGCAUCCUAUUCUGAGUGAACCACAGCAAGAAUGCCAUAGUGAAGCCUCAGGGCCCCACUGCCCAGGAGACCAAGAGGGACGUGGACGAGGCCAUGAAGAAGGUGAAAGAGACAAUGAUGGCUAUUGAGGCCAGUGUCGUGGUGCCAGAGGUAGAAG